AUGUGCUUUCGCGUGGGUCUCGUGCUGCUGACGGUGGCCUACGCCCUUCCUUUGCCGAUUCACUACGAUGUCCUACCGUAUAGAGCGAAACGUCACAAUGACAAUUCGUCCACCAUGGCCACGUUCACUGUGGAACGUCUGGACGCGCCAAUUGAAAGGAUCGAAAUCCGCUUGAUUGACGAGAAUUCCACAAAUGCUGUUAUGGAGUCGGCUGCAGCACGGCCUCAACCGCUUCAACCAGCUGCCGUUGGUGCUGCGGAACACAGCGCAGCGAACGCAAUCGACACCAACACGGGAUCAGAUGAUCAGUACGAUGUGAGGUACAAAAAGGUCGAGUACGUGAGUGACGUGAUGCUGACUCGGCAGGAUAAUUCACCAACUGAACUGGCUCCACCUCAUCCAGCAGACGCUAAUGGCAAUGAGAACUCUGCAGCCACAUCUACAGGUGAAUCUCCCACACAUGGCGAAGAGACAGCUGAUGAAAACGCGCCCAGAGCCAAGGCGAGAGCUUGGCUGUCGUUUUCUACUCGAACGCCGUCGGACAACGACGACAUCGACGUACUAGCUCCAGAAGUCGAAGAGAGCAGCUCGGACGAUGAGUACGAGCCCGUCGAGGAAUGUCUACUGAACCGAGCUGAACUACCGCUGAAAACUGUACAGAAGCUAGGUACA